AUGGUCAUAAGUGCCGCACUCCCUUGUGUUAGACUGAGUUGGGUGAAGGACGUGUUAUGGGUCCUGAGUUGGAUUUCUGAGACUGAGGGUAAGGUCAGGUUGAUUCGAGAUCGACUGAAAGCGGCAUCGGAUAGACAGAAAUCUUAUGCAGAUCUAAAAAGACACGAUAUGGAGUAUUCUAUGGGGGACUUCGUAUUUCUCAAGGUCUCGCCAUGGAAAAAGAUUCUGAGUUUCGGUCAUAAGGGCAAGCUAAGCCCUAGGUUUAUUGGGUCAUACCGUAUUCUGAAGCGAGUGAGGCCAGCCGCUUAUUAUUUGGAGCUACCUCCAAAGAUAGACCGUAUUCACGAUGUGUUUCAUGUCUCGAUGUUGAGGCGCUAUCGCUCUGAUCCCACGCAUAUUGUCCCUAUUGAAGAGAUAGAGGUUAGGCCAAAUUGGACCUUCGAGGAGGAGCCAGUUCAGAUUUUGGAUCAUGAUGUAAAGGUUAUUAGAAGGAAGUCUAUCCCAGUAUUGAAGGUUCUGUGGCGUAAUCAUAGCACUGAGGAGGCCACGUGGGAGCCUAAGGAUGCGAUGCAUUAG